UCUUAGAUUGAGUCUAUAGGUUUGUCAGUCAGGGGUCAGAAGUCUACGUGGUGAGGUCUGGAACCACUAACCCGGUUGUACACUUGUCACCAUGGUUGAGACCCGUAGUGGGUUAGACACGAGCCCCUAUAGCAAGGAGCAACAAGAAAAGAUGGCCGCCUUAGUCAAAGAGAAUAGGGAGAGGAAAGAACGUGAGAAGCAAGCGAAGCUAAAGGCUAUCGCAAACGAGCGGGCGGCGAAGAUGAAGGAAGUGGAGGAGGAGAUGAAGAAAAAGGAGAAGGCUGCUGAAGAAGAAGUGGCAGCAGAGGAAGAAAAAGAAAGAAUGAGGAUUGAGAGCAGAGAGGGGAGUAGUGGCACGAAGAAGGACACAGACGCUAAGAUUGAGAAGAAAAUCAGCGAGUGGGUUGCUAACUUAUCGUUGGGAGAAGAUGAAGAGGCGGAGUCAUAUGUGACUGAAGAUGAGAAGGCCGCAUUGGCCGCUGAGCUAGCAGCCAUGACGGAUCCUAUGGAACGAAGAGAGGGAAGACGAGCAGAAGUUGCAAUGGAAGAGUGUAGAGUGGAGGUGUUGGCCGAGCAAGAUGAAAAGGCCAAGUGGGAUAAGGUACUAGGCUACCUAGAGGUAUUAACCAAGGCCUGGAUGGAGGAGCGUCAGGCAAGUUGGAGCCAGGAUGUAGCCUUGAGUGCGAUGCGGUCCGGAUUUAGGGAGUUUGCGCGCGAGAUCGUCACCCAUAUUGGGGGCGAAGUAAAGCAGUUGAGAGAUAACAUAGGCCAGUUUUGUGAGGGUGCCAUCGAGGGUGCCAAAGCCAUAGCCGCAGUAGAGGGCGAGACCAGACCUCGCAAAGACCCAGUAAAGCUCAAGUUCCCAGAUACUUAUGGAGGGAAGAAGGAGGAGAACUUUGACAACUGGGAAGCCAGUGUCAACAAUUAUAUUUAUCUACAGCACAUCUUGAUAGAGGAGCAAGUCCUUGUGGCCUUCAAGGCCCUGAAGGACGAUGUGGCUAGUUUCGCUAGAUCCCUUGCGCGCGUGGCCGGUUGCGAAAACAACCUGGUCGCCUACUCCAAAGUCACCCCCCUCUCUCAGUUCCUUAAGCUCUUGAAGGAGCGGUUUGCUGACCCAACGAAAGGCGUCAAAGCCUCAGACAAAUUACAGACAAUCCACUCACAACAGUGGAGGAGUGCAAGGGCACUCAAGGGUACCAUGGACGAUUUGGUAGUCGUCCCGGACCAUGGGGUCACUGAAACCCAGUUGGUCCAGUUGUUUUAUCGUGCCAUGCCAGAGGCCCUACGUGGGCACUUCUUUGACAAAUCUCAACAGGUCGGGAUCACAUAUGAUGUGUUGAGUAGGGAGGUGAUCCUAUAUGAGUCAAAGUCUAUGCCAGUCAUCACUUUCUGGCAUGAGGACUUAGAGAAGGGGAAGAAGUGGAAGGAUCAUACCAUCUCAGGCCAAGUCAAGGCCAAGGAUCACUUGAUCCUGACGUUAGAGGAAGGUGGUACCGACAAGGUCCCGUAUGAUCAGAUUGAGUGGGGCCUAGGGGAGGAGGACAGUAGUGUAGGGCAGGGGAGGUCUUACGCUGUUGUCGCAGCCGGAGGGAGGCCGCAAGGUAGAGGAGGAGGCCAGCGCCAAAGGGGCCAGGCCAUGGGAGGCCGAGGACCGGGCGCACAGGGGGUUGGCGGCCAAGGAAACCGCCAAGUGGGAGGCGUGGCAAAAGAGUUAAAGGAGAGAAUGCCAGCCUGGGCCAAGAUGAAGAAAGAGAGUAAAGGACAACUGAUCUUGAUAGACAUAGAAGUGUUUAGAAGUAGAGUAGGGGCCCUCAUAGACUCAGGGGCUAACCGUAGUUACAUCAGCUGUAGGGCGCUGAAGAAGUUGAGGCUGGGACUAAAAGUCCAGAAAUUGGCAGACCCCAUAGUCAGUGUCCUCGCAGACAACCGCACGAUGCGAGUUGAGGACUAUGUAGAGGGAGUCCAGGCAUACUUCCGCCUAGAGAAGGAUGGGAAGGUGGAGAAAGUUCUCCAUUCCGUGACUCUCCUUGUACAGGAUGACCUUCCGUUCGAUGUAGUGUUAGGAAUGGAUUGGGGAGAGGCAGCMGGGGCCACGCUCCAGUUGAGAGAGCAUGAGUGUAGGCUCCCUAGUCCGUCAGGCGAGGUUAAGACUACCCGCUUGUUUCAUGUGUCAGGUGUAGACAACACCUUGGCACAUUGCUGUCUCAGUGCCCCCGCGUUCGUGCGACUAAUGAGAAAGGAGCAAUUAGAGGAGCAGGUCUUUGUAGUGUAUGUUAGACCUGUCACCGAGGGCAAGGAAGAGGUAGCUUCCACGGAUCCAACCACAGCCAAGCUGCUGGAAGAGUUCAAAGACUUGACUGAGUCACCGACAGGGGUAGUGUCGCGACCCAUCCAACACCGGAUAGAGAUAGAGUCUGGCAGUAGAACUCCUAAGGGUGCAGUCUACAGGAUGUCCCCUAGAGAAUUAGAGGAGCUUCGCAAGCAAUUAGACGAGCUCCUUGAAAAAGGUUGGAUCAGGCCCAGUUCGUCUCCUUUUGGAGCACCCGUUUUGUUUGUCCCCAAGAAGGAAGGAGAGCUGAGAAUGUGUAAAGACUAUAGGGGUUUGAAUGCGAUUACUUUGAAGAAUGCUGAGCCGCUGUCCAGGAUAGACGAUCUUUUAGAUCGGUGCAGGGUUGUCUUGGAGAAGCUUCGAGAGGCUAACUUCAAGAUCAACGCAAAGAAGUGCAAGUGGGCCAAGACACAAGUCUUGUUCUUGGGCCACAUAUUAGACGGAAAUGGCAUUAGGCCAGAGGACAAUCCGUCUUUGCCAUUUGUCAUCACUACGGACGCGAGUCAGUAUGGGAUAGGCGCCGUGUUGCAGCAAGAUGACGGCAAUGGCUAUAGACCCGUAGAGUUCAUGUCAGCGAGGAUGCCCUGUGAGAAGGUCGCUACCUCCACGUACGAGAGAGAACUCUACGCUCUCAUUCAGGCUUUAGACCAUUGGAAGCACUACCUGCUUGGGAGGCACUUCAAAGUGUAUUCGGACCAUGAAAUGCUUAGAUGGUUAAAGACUCAAGCCAAGAUGACACCUAAGUUGACUAGGUGGGCCGCAGAGAUAGACCAAUUCGACUUUGCGCUCAAGCCAGUGAAGGGCAAGUACAACGUAGUUGCGGAUGCCCUGAGUAGGAGAUCAGACUACUUUGGAGCCGUAAUACACUAUCUGGACAUAGGGAGAGACCUGCAAGAGAAAGUGAAGCAAGCGUAUGCACAGGACUCUAUCUAUAGCGACCUCCUAAAGAGAGUUAGAGAGGCCCCAGAGACUGAACCAGAUUACCGCACUACAGAUGGGUUGUUGUUUGAGAAGACUAAUGUGUUUGACCGCCUGUGCCCAACAACGAGGAGAUUCGCAAUCUAAUCUUAGGGGAAUGCCACGAUACUGAGGGACAUUUCGGUUGGCAAAAGAUAUUAGCCAAUCUUAUGCGCGCGUAUACCUGGCCAGGAAUGAAGAAUGACUGCAUAGAGUAUGUCCGCAGUUGUAAAGUAUGCCAGCGUAACAAGACUACUACACGCGCACCCCUUGGUCUUCUCAGACCCUUGCCUAUUCCGGACCAGCCGGGAGACUCAGUGUCCAUAGACUUCAUGGACACCCAAGUCAAGAGCAGACAUGGUAAAAGCCAAGUCAUGGUCGUAGUUGACCGCUUUAGUAAAUACGCAGUUUUUGU